AGACCGGUACUUCUCGGUUUGCACAGACCACACGGCCAUUUUGCACGCCCGGCAUGGCUCCAAGGUUUAUUUUUACGAGCUCGAUCAUCGUGCUCUUGCCUCGAGCACUGACAAGUUCCAGCUUUUCUUCGAUAGCGAGUGGAUAAGUCACGGAGACGACCUACAGUACCUCUUUAGUGGCAGCAAUGGGCUUCCCUUAUCUGAGGACCCACAACGACCUUUUGACAGGUGAAAUAAUCACGACUCUUUGGACAAACUUCGCCAAGACAGGCAAACCGACAACCGAUGACUCGUUGGGCUUUGAAUGGGAGCCGGUGACCAACACCUCCUUGCCUCACCUGUCCCUGACGCCUUCGCCCGAGAUGCACGAAGACCACCGCGAGCAGUUGCGAAGUUUCUGGCAGUCCAUUCCAACACGUCAGAACACAAUCCUGUUCCCCGAGGAGGUGGGCUACUUUGUAAUUGAAGCUUCGGAGUAUGAAAGCCAAGAAGCCCUUCCAAGCACACACACGGAGGACACCGACUCGGGGGCAGAUGUGGAGGAUCAAAAGAAUGAUAAUUUUACGGAAGAAUUGGUUAACAAGAUCCUGAGUGAUUCUCUAGGGGCUGAAAUGGCAAAAAUCGUUGGAAGUUCAGCAGUUGCUGUAGACGAUAUACGAGCUGAAACUGAUAAUGGCAUAAAGAACACUGGGAGUAAAGGUAGAAUCAGUGACCCUCUGGUUAAGGGUGGUAUAGAAGAUCUCUACAAAGAUGACGGCAAAGUAUCUUCGAAUACAGACGAUACCACACACACUGCCAACAAGGAUGACUUAAGUAAAUCUUCAAACAGCAUAAAAGACGAAGAUGAAGAGGGUUAUUCCAAAGACCUUUACAAUAAAGACGACCGCAAGGACUAUUUGAAAAAGAAGUAUUACUACAAAGUUUUGAAGGAAAACGGCCCUGAGAGCGUGAGGAGGGAAGGGGACAUCAAAGACCACAUAUUCAAGCACAAGCUGAAGAAGUUGGAGGAAGAGCAGAAAGCCGCUGAUUCUAAUGAUGCGCUCGACGUCGUAGCAAAUGAUUUGUCAGGAGGGCAUGAUUUGGAAAGCACUCAAAGCCUUGCUCAAACAGAAUUCGCUGAAACCCCUACCCAAAGUGAAUACAGAGUUACCGAUACCCAAACCGAGCACACUGGGCCUGAUACCCAGACGGAUCACAAAGAUACCAACAUCCCAGGAGAAAAUACAAGCACCGACACCCAAACGGGUCACGCCGGCACUCCCAUCGACGACAGCAGCACCCGGCAGAAGGCAACAGACAGCGACUUCUUCAUCGUAAAAAAAAUGAUAGACUAUGGCGAUAUGUACCAAAUACUGAAGCAAAACGAGGAAGCCACGAGGCAGUACAAUGCCGCCAUUAGUCUCAAUCCUUCCAUGUGUACUUUUGGUGAGGACUGCUAA